GACUGCACGGGGGGUGUGGGGCGCCGAGCGGCCGGGACCGCGCGGAGCAGCCGGGCACGGCGGCCUCGGCAGCCAGGGCCUGGGCCGCGGUUCGGCCGCGCGGGGCGAGCUGGACUGGCCAUUAUGGAGGAGGAGCUGCAGCAUUCACACUGUGUGACUUGUGUCAGUAGACGGUGUAUGAUCAGACCGGAGCCUGGGAUUUCCUGUGACUUGAUUGGUUGUCCACUGGUUUGUGGAGCAGUUUUCCAUUCUUGUAAAGCUGAUGAGCAUCGACUUUUAUGUCCAUUUGAACGAGUGCCUUGCUUAAAUAGUGAUUUCGGAUGUCCGUUUACAAUGGCUCGAAAUAAAGUUGCUGAACAUCUGGAAAUGUGUCCUGCAAGUGUGGUGUGCUGUACUAUGGAGUGGAACCGAUGGCCAGUUAGUUACGCAGAUCGGAAAUCGUAUGAAAAUCUAAGCAGAGAUGUCGAUGAAGUGGCACAAUUAGAUAUGGCCUUGGCCCUUCAAGACCAAAGGAUGCUCUUAGAGUCUCUCAAAGUAGCCACCAUGAUGUCAAAAGCAACUGAUAAAGUGGCAGAACCUAGAGAACAAAUCUCAGUUAAAUCAAGUGUCCCGGAAAUACCACAUACUAAUGGUUUGGUAUCUGUUGAUGAAGAAUCUUAUGGUGCACUUUAUCAAGCUACUGUAGAAACAACCAGAAGUUUGGCUGCUGCCUUAGAUAUCCUGAAUACCGCCACAAGAGACAUUGGCAUGUUAAGUACAAGUCUUUGUGCUUCCCCAAAUGAAGUGAAUGAAGAGCAAAAUGCCAGAGAAAGCUUGCAGAAUAGACACUUGAAAGACCAGGACCAUCUUUAUGAGGAGGAGAUAGGAGCAGUAGGUGGAAUUGAUCAUAAUGAUACAAGUCUGAAUUUCCAGUCUGAACAAAAUGGCUCAAGUGAUUUAUUGUAUGACUCGAACACCAGUUCUUAUGGCGCUUCUGCUCUUUGUAAUGGCUUUUCUUUGGAAAAUAUAUGUACACAGGCCAUAGACCAAAGUCAGAAAUUACAUGGUGAUUCAAAACAAAGUAACUUAACAAAUGGAGAAUGUAUAGCAUCAGAUGGCACUUCAGAUCCUUCCAGUUCACUUUCAGUAGCAGCACAACUUAAUGCUUUGCCUAAUGGCACAGUUCAGCACAUCCUCAUGCCAGAUGGUGAGGAUGAAGGAGAAUUGUGUUGGAGAAAAGUAGACUUAGGGGACUUAAGGAAUGUGGAUGUCUUAUCUUUCAGUCAUCCUCCUUCAUUCAAAUUUCUUUCUAAUUCAUGUUGGUCCAAACCAAAAGAAGAUAAAGCAGUAGAUACAUCAGAUUUGGAAGUUGCAGAAGAUCCAAUGGGCCUCCAAGGAAUAGAUCUAAUCACAGCAGCAUUACUGUUUUGUCUAGGAGAUUCUCCAGGUGGGAGGGGUAUAUCUGAUAGUCGCAUGGUUGAUGUAUAUCACAUUGAUUUUGGGACUCAGACUUUUUCACUUCCAUCUGCAAUAUUAGCUACAAAUACAAUGGUUGGGGAGAUAGCUUCAGCUUCUGCUUGUGAUCAUGCCAAUCCACAGCUUUCAAAUCCAAGUCCUUUUCAGACACUUGGGCUGGAUUUAGUAUUGGAAUGUGUCGCUAGGUAUCAACCCAAGCAGCGUUCAAUGUUUACAUUUGUUUGUGGACAGUUAUUUAGAAGAAAAGAAUUUUCUUCCCAUUUUAAGAAUGUGCAUGGUGACAUUCAUGCUGGACUCAAUGGCUGGAUGGAACAGAGGUGUCCUUUAGCAUAUUAUGGUUGUACCUACUCUCAGCGUAGAUUUUGUCCAUCAACCCAAGGAGCAAAGAUUAUACAUGACCGCCAUUUGAGGUCAUUUGGAGUUCAGCCUUGUGUAUCUACAGUAUUAGUGGAGCCUGCUAGAAACUGUGUGUUGGGAUUACAUAGUGACCAUCUAAGUAGUCUUCCUUUUGAGGUCCUACAACAUAUUGCAGGCUUUCUUGAUGGCUUCAGUUUAUGCCAGCUCUCAUGUGUAUCCAAGUUAAUGAGGGAUGUAUGUGGCAGCCUGCUUCAGUCGCGUGGAAUGGUCAUAUUGCAGUGGGGGAAAAAGAAGUAUCCAGAAGGAAAUUCAUCAUGGCAAAUAAAAGAAAAGGUAUGGCGAUUCAGUACUGCAUUUUGUUCUGUAAAUGAAUGGAAAUUUGCUGACAUCCUAAGCAUGGCUGACCACUUGAAGAAAUGCAGUUACAAUGUUGUAGAGAAACGGGAGGAAGCAAUCCCACUGCCGUGUAUGUGUGUGACACGAGAACUCACUAAAGAAGGACGUUCACUUCGCUCAGUUUUAAAACCUGUACUUUAGAGACUGUAACUCCACUUGCACAUACAUGCAAGCACCUAGUAUAAUUUGUUUGUCAUAUGUGACACUUCAUUGUAUUAAAGAUUACAACUAGCUAAAUUUAUUGCCACUAUGUAUAUAAUGUUUUGAAGUGACAUAUAUUUUUAUAAAGUCCUGUUUAGUUGGAAAAAAGUUGCCUUAAUGUUUGAAAUGUGUGAAAUUUUUGGAACUUGCUGGACAGGGUGAUUUAAUUUUUAGCUACAUAAUUUUCAGAACUAGUAUUUUUAAUGGUGUGCAUAUUUUGGUUUUUAAAUUUUUUGCUUCUUAAACUAACAAGAUCCUGACCAAACAAUUUAUUCCUCAUGUUUUCUGUGGGUUAUAGCCCAUGCAUUCAAAAAGCAAAACUUUGAAUCAAAUUUUUUCAGCAUUUGUUUUUCAGAUGAAAACAUUCAAUUGCUUAAGGACUGCCAUAAGAUCAUUAUAAGAUUUUUAUUUUCUAGUGCUCCCCUUAUACAAUUGUUGAUACACAGAUGAUCUUUAAUAUAUAUUUAGGUAAUAUUUAAAAUCAUGACAGAUGUUUGGUAAUGCAUUUAUCAUGUUUUAAAAAGACUCACAAAAAUAUUUUCACCUUAUAUAUUUGCAGCUCUCAUACAGAGAAUGACCAUAUGCAACUUUUCGUUUUUGUUAGACACCGCAUCCAAAGACUCAUGGCAGUGUGUUUUAUGACAGGUUAAAGUGAAAACAAAAAGCCUGUGAAUUUAUUUUAAUUUGAAACUGUUCAUCAUAUUCUGCAUUUGCUAGGUUUCUGAUAUUUGGAGAGAAGAAAAUAUACCUCAUUUAAAGUUUGGGUUGGGCACAUUGUGUGAAUAAAUUUCAGAUAUUCAGAAUGCAAAGGGCUUAACUAAGCAUUUAAAAUUUUGCCUUUUUAUAAAUCACAACUAUAUUGUUUUAAGACGUUUAACAAUGUGAAAUUCGGUGUCUUUGUAAGAUGACAAUCAUGAAAUGGAGAAACCUGUCUUGGUUGACAAUCUCUUUAACACAUUUCCAAGUUUAUUUCCCGUAGACUUCUCUACCAAAAUAGUAAGAAUUGCAUCUUUGUGUAAAGAUCAAGGUAUAACAGAAAAAUACUCAAAGUCUUAUUGUUGAGGUACUUUAUUAUAGUUUUCAAACUGAUAUACACCAUAAUUCACCUGAUGUUAAUUAAUCAGUUUAAAAAAAUGAAUAUACGGUGUCAGUAUUUAGAAAUAAAUUGCAAAGAUGGGGACAUAUACUUAAAUAAUUUGUUUUAAGUAACUCCUGGCAUUUAGUAGUCUGAAAUGGUGACAAGUUACUUUGCUAUAAAACAUCAAACUUCUCUUAUGUUUUCUUACAUUUGUCCCUGAGAAUGCUCUAUUGUUAUUAGGGUCUUGAUUACCAUAUACGGCAAUCAGACUGGGCAGAGGUGUUCCUUGGGCAGUAGCAAAAAAACUCUCAACUACUUAAGACUUCUUUUGGUUGGAUCACAUCCUUAUUACAGUUGGAAAUCUAGCAUUAAAGGCUAAUCAGUUGUUUUGCCUCACCUGUCAUUUUAAUUAAUAGCAUAAUUAUUUCUCCAUGUUGAAACUUCAACUGUGAGAUUGAAUUCUAUACUAUUUCUGUGAAAAAAGUCGGAAAUAAGAUAUCAAAUACUGUAAAAUAUAACUCUGCCUCUUAAAGUUUUGCUGAAGAAUGUGUCUGGUUAGGAUAGCACAAACAUUAACUUUUUGUUUUAUGGUUGUGCUUGUUUGGUUUUUAAGUUUAGACUUUUUGUUUCCACACUGGAUCAUGAGAUAUUUAACAGUUUUCCACCUUAUAUUUCUUUUACACAUCUUUGGCUGUUUUCUUUUUUGUUUGUUAUGCCACCAUAUGAUUUUGUUAAAAUGUUUUCUUUGUGCAGCAUUUGUUCAAAUUCUAAUAAAAUUAAUAUUUUCCCUUUAUGUGGCUCAGUAACUUAAAAAGAAAAACUUUCUUUGAAAUAAACUUUUAAUACUUGUUUGAGAAAUUCCAAACACAGUGUUUCUAAUAAGUGUACAUUUUGUGCAUGUUGUAAAAGUUUGUUGAUUAUCAUUGCUCACCUUUGUUUUACUGGUGGGCAUUUUUUUUUUUUUUUUAAUAUGGAAAACUCAUUGACUUUCUGUGCCUUUUCAGUGUCUUCCUGAAAUUAGUCUCAUCUAGGGGUAUUGAAAGGCUGAAGAGUUUCUGGCUAUAUUGUUUUUCUAAAACUUGUAAUGGGAACAAUCUAUCUAGGUGUUUAAGCGUGAAAAGGUUUGUGUGUCAGUUGUCAUUUGAGAGUCUGUUGAUUUCUUAGUUUGUUCUGACCAAGAUAAAGGGCAGGUGUCAGGAUGGAAGGAAAUACCUGUAUUAAAUUUUAUCUGCUGCCUCCUUCCCUAGAACUGCAUGUCUCUGUUUUUCUCAUUCUCUAUCUUUUCUGUCUCUGUAAUUGCCUUUUGAGACUCACAGGUCACUUAACAGUAGGGGUUCCUAGGAUCAUCUGGGAAUGUGUUAGAAAUGCAGAUUCUUGGGUCUCUCUGUAGACUUAAUCAGAAACUCUAUGAAGGAAACAGCAGUCUGCUUUAACAAAAGCCUUCAGGUGAUUCUGAUGCACUGUAAGUCUGAGAACUUAGAGAAGAGCCUGGGACAUGCCAGCUAUUCUCCUGAAUGAUGUACUAUUGGAGUCAGUAUGUUUGAGUAUAUACACACGUGUAAUCCAAAAUUAAGAGUAAUGGUAAUUUGUUAUUAAUGGUUAAAUUAAGUGAUGUAUGUUGUGUCAAUCUUAUAGCUGUAUGACAAAAUACAUUGGGUGCCAUGGUGGUUGGACAUUUUUUUAAAAAACUAGGACUUACUAGUGUUUCAGUUUUACUGGUGUUAUUACUAGUAUUUCACUUGUGUUUCUUCUGUUCAAAGUAAAUUGCAGUGCAACUUACAGUUCAUUAGCAUUAACCUUUAGCCUUGUCAUCAUCCAUUCUUGUUUAGUGGUUGCAGAGUCAUGUGAACAUAUUAGAUUUCUAGGAUAAACAAAAAGAGUAGACGUAGAUAUACUGGAUUAAAUCCUACAAAAAUAUUUGUAGGAAUCCUUUCAACCCUAUCAUUUAGAGAUAUUAAAGGUUGAUAAUCUGGUAAUCUUUUUUUAGUCUUUGAGCCUGUGCUACAUAUCCCAUCAAUGUAGUUGCUGUUAUUGACAGUGGAUAUUAGGAUCUUAGUAACUUCACAGAUAAUGAGGUUUUCAACAAAACUUCCGUAUCCCUUGACGAUAUGGUAGUUUCCAUUACUAUAUUGAUAGCAUAUUGUUAACCUCUAGCAAUUUGCAGUUUUUGGCAUUUAGAAGCAAAAUAGAUUUCUUCAUAUUUUGUAUCCCAACCUAAAAAGAUCUAGGAUUUAUUAAUUGUAAAAAUUUUCUAAGGAAUAGUUAUGCAGACAUUUAAAAAUUGUUUCAUGCAUGACACACCAUGUCAGAAGGUGACAGGAUUGGGUCCCCUGCAGGUGGAGGUUUAGGGUUGCAGUAGAAGAAAGCAGCUAGCCCUCAGUCUCUUAGUAGACUGGCCAAAGGACAAAGUCUCCCCUGGGAAGGAUUUCUCUCAUAUGUGUUUGAUUAUCUAAAUACUCCUCUAAGUAGUCUUACCUAACAGGUUCAUGAGGCCUAGAAAGUAAGGGAAUGUUAGUUAUCCCUUUAAAGAAAAUCAACUCAUGAGUGACUCAUCCAUUGUAUUUAAUUUAAUUCAGUGAUGGGUUUUGUUAGGAUUUGACCUAAAUCUGAUUUCCAAACAAGUUUUGAGCUGUGUAAGUAAAGACCAAUUCUUGUAAACUUCUUUCUAAAUAAAAUAAGGGAGAGGAAGGAUGGUUUUGUUUUAAUGUCACUUUUUAUGUAAUUAUUUUCUUUGAUUUAAAAGAUCAAAGUAAGUUCAAAAGAUAAGUCCUUUCAAGUUUCUGUUCUAAUGAUGACAAAAUUGAGGUACUCAAAGUUCAGGUACUGAUGAUUGUAUGGGGAUAUGAUUGUAUGGGGAUAUUUCAGAGAAAUGUGUCCUCACCAGGUUUACUUUUCUACUUUACUAAUUCAGAAAGAAGGGACAUUUAGAUAUAAGGAAAUUACUUUGGAAAAUGUUGUUGCCUGGCAUAUUUGAUUCCUAAUAAGUGUUUUAGAAAGAAAUAUUGGGCAAUACCAAGAGGAAAAAAACUAGAAAGAAACUAAGUAUGUGUGUUUUUCAGAAAGUCCUUUGCAAAAACUAGGUUUUUUGCUGAGUUUUUGCCAAGUAUUUUUUCGCAUCUGUGAUUGGUAAAAUUCUAUAUAGGCUUAUUGUUUAUAUAUAUAUGUAUAUUUAUUUGCACGUAUAAUCUUCACGAAUUGGCCAAGUAGAUUUUAAUACAUCUUGACCUAUAUUGAUGGUACUUUUUGAUAUUGAUGAUACACCUUGAGGUACUUUUUUUUUACCUUAGAACAUUUCAAAACUGACAUUUUGUAUUCAGAAUGUUUGACAUUCAAAUAUGUUAUUUGGGGAGUGACUUUUCAUUAAUAACUGCAAAGAAAUGGGCUACCAGGAUGUCUCAUGAAUGUACUCUAAGGAAAUACAGUAAAAAGUCAUUGAUAUGAAUCUCCUAUAAUUUUUUCUCUUUUUGACAUUUUCUGGUCUGAGUAUUGUUUACUGUGAAGAAAAGUAUUUUUGAAGCAAACCGACAACAUAAGUGUUUCUUUUCACCGAUAAAAUUUUGGGCAUCCUCCAAAUCACUUUAUGAAUCUAUUUGCAUGCAAGUAUUGUGAUAGGAAGUGGUUCUUCAGUACGUAGCUAGUUCUAGUGCUGCUAAUAGUGCAUGUGUUUGAAAGUCCUAAAACUGCAUUUCCAUUGAACUCUUAAGACCCACCAACUCAUCGAAUUAUCUUUUCCCACUAAAAGCAAAUUCAUUACUUUUUACCAUUUUCUAUUAUAAAUUGCCAGAAGUAUCUUUUUCUCAGACAAGAUCCUUAAAGAGGUACAUAGGUUGGUGUACAUGUUGGUUCGUUCUUUGGCAAAGGUUAGAGGUAGCUUUCCAUACCCCUUUCAAAGAGUAAAAUUAAUUGUUGCAUUAAUAUUCAGUGAUGUAAUGAUAUAAAAACAGUAGCAAUAAUGUGUUAUUGCUCAAAAGAUUGAAGUUGAAGAUCGGAGAUAUUGCCCUUUGCUGUCCUGCAAUUUUUUUUUUCAUUGAAAUCCCCUUUUCCAUGUUAAUUGUCAUUAAUGCUUCAAUUUUCUGACCAGGAGAUCAAAAUAACCUAGAUGAAGUAUAUAGAGUUUUUAAAAACUUCUUCUAAUCAGCACAUGUUUAGUAGUUUGGGCCAGUAAGUUUAGAUUUGAUUAAGUAACAUAUUUAGCUUCUUUUAAAGUCUCAGUUGACAAGUUUGUAGUAUCGAAAAACUGAAGUAUCAGCAUUCAGUUUUAACUACAUUAUUUGAUUAAAAGAAAUCAAACCAUAGAAAUAGAAGUGAUCACAAGUAUAACAUCUAUUCAAGAAUAGAAUUACCCAGUGAAUAUUUAAUGAUGUCAAGUGGGUGUCUUUUAUAUUAAUUGAUAACUUUAAAAAACUAGGACUUAUAUUAGAAAGGGAUUUGAAAUAGAGAAUGGUAUUCAUUCCCUACAACAUUCCAAUAGCCUCGUGAGAAAAACUGACAUGAAAUAAAUUGCUUUCAAUGGUUAAUAAUUCAGUGGAAAUGAAUUCUUAAGAUUUUAAUGCUGCAUAUAAAAUGUUAAAAUUGUAUUGUUCAUUUGAUCAGUGUUUAAACACCAGUCAGUCCUGGAAACUUGAAUGCAUUCUGAAAGAUAAUUGCACUGACUCAUUCACUUACCUCAGGUGUCAUUUAGUUUUCCAGUAUAUCCUUUUCCCCCAUGGUUUACAUUAAUAGUUUCUCCUUAAGUGCUAAAGGAUAUGGUAUUUCUUGAAAAAUAUGCUAAAUGAAAGAAGCUAGAUACAAAAGGCCACAAAUUAUGUGAUUCCAUUUACAUGAAAUAUCCAGAAUAGGUAAAUCCAUUGAGACAGGAAUCAGUUUGUGAGGGGCGGGCAGGGAGGGGUGGGAGUAGUGGGAAGUGACUGCUUAAUGGGUACUGGUUUUGUUUUAGUGAUGAAAAUAUUCUAGAAGAUAGUGUUGAUUGUACAACAUUGUGAAUGUACUAAACGACACUGAAAUGUACACUUUAAAAUUUUAUAUGUAUUUAACCACAAUUAUGAAGGGUAGGAGUAAUUUUUACCAAAGCCAAAAAGUACCUUGUUCUCAAGGUUUAUAAAAUGCUCAAGUUAUGGUUUAGAAUUAAUUUACAGCAUUAGUAAUCUGACAGAUUUAUUCAGCUUAAAGUCCUAAUGAAAUUCAUGAAUCCCAUCACAGAAGUCCUGGUAACAGCACAGAAGUGAAGUUGUAAUUCAUCACGAUUUCGUUAUUUUCAUAGAAUUUGGACAGUGAAAAAUUGGCUUCCAUGUCAAUGUUCAUCUUUCAUCUUUUACCUUUUCUUAUGAUUCCUUGGGGAACAUCUCAAUCACAUUUUUUAAAGGUCUGUUUUUAAAAUCAUGCUUUGAAAACAAUUUGUAUAAUUUUCAGGAUCAUCUUUUUAUAGUUUUAUACUUUGUGUUCCUUUUAAAGAGCAAAUACAUUGAUGUAUUACAUAAGACUAAAUUAAUAAAUUGAACCCUUGUAUAUA